AUGCCAAACUCCUGGAACUUCUUCUUCUUCAAUGCAAAACCUCCCAGCGGCUCAAAGUCCGGCAGACUGUACUUGUUGUCCAGAUUGUUCACCACGAUGUAUUUGGACUUGAUCUUGGUGGGGAUCCGCAUCUUGAGACCAAAGUCUCUUCUCUUGAACGACGCUGGUAGCGACUCCACCACCUGGUGGGUUGGGAACGCGCCAGAGAUGUUUUUCUCCAAAUCGCCGAGCGGCUUUGCCAGUUGCGCCAGCUUGGUGGAUCUGAGAAGUCUAGCCAAAUCGGACAUGUUGGGCAACGGUGAAUUUUUCCAAGCUUUUUUUUUCAUCCUCUUGGUGCAGGCCGGUUACGAACCCGCACACAGGUUCGGCACCGUGUACAAGGGCGUCAACAGAGACACCAAGGAGCUGGUGGCGAUCAAGAUCCUCAACCUGGACACCGCAGAGGAGGAGGUGAAGGACGUCCAACAGGAGAUCCAGUUUCUGUCGCAGCUCAAGACGGUGCCCAACGUGACGCACUACUACGGCUCGUAUUUGAAUGGCCACAAGCUAUGGAUUGUGAUGGAUUAUUGCGGCGGCGGGUCGGUGCGCACGCUGUUGCGGCCGGGCCCGCUAGAAGAGAAAUAUAUCAGCAUUAUAGUAAGAGAGCUGUUGGUGGCUCUCCAAUUUAUCCAUCAGAACGGCGUGAUCCACAGAGACAUCAAGGCGGCGAAUAUUCUGAUCGAGAAAGACGGCCGGAUCAAACUCUGCGACUUUGGCGUGGCUGCACAGCUGACGGCGACGGUGAUGAAAAGAACCACAAUGGUGGGCACUCCGUACUGGAUGGCGCCCGAGGUGAUCAUGGAGGGCGCGAAUUACAACGUGAAUGCGGACAUCUGGUCGUUGGGAAUCACGAUCUACGAAAUGGCCACGGGGAACCCGCCGUACAGCGACAAGGACGCGAUGCGGGCGAUGCAGAUGAUCACACAGCUGGAGCCUCCAAGACUGGAAGGACGGCAGUUUUCGGCGAAUUUGAAAGAAGGCGUGGCCACCUGUUUGGAGGAGAAGCCGGAACUGCGGCCGUCGGCCGAGGAAUUGCAGCGAUCCAAGCUAAUCAAGGCGUACAAAACGCUCUCCACAUCUGUGCUGAAAGAAGUAAUUAGCCGAUAUCUGCUCUGGCGAGACUCGCGGCCGGCGCGCGAGUCGGUGUAUUACGACGACGAGGAGAGCAUCAAUGACGACAACGAGGUCAAGUGGGACUUCGACUCGCUCAAGAGCGCCGAGUACAUGAUGGAGAACGAGAUCAGCGAGGAAAACGUGCCGCGCGCAGAGGCUACGUUCGACCCUUCCUACGCCAUCCCAGAGGCCGUCGAGUACACUAUGAACCCGACCCUGCGCCAUGGGACCAUGCAGACUACGAUGCGGCUUGGCACAAACUCCACGGCCGCUACCACGCUCCGCAACACCGUCAGCACCACCGUUCCGUCCAGCAACACCUCUGCUCCCAAAUCGCUUUUCAAGCUGUUCGAGCAGGAAGAGUCCGACGAGGCCGAGCCAGAACAGCGGCCAGAGCUUCCCGUGCUGCAGAACACGUCGAUUGAGAUCCCCAGCCUGGAUACGGUGUCGCAGCCCGCCAUGGCAGAGACUAGAUCCCGGUCCCAGACCGUCUCGAGACAGGAAGCGUCUCCAAUGCCGACUCAGCUCGAGGAGGCCAAUGUGCACCGGGAAAACACCUCGAGCACCGGCCUGCACAUGCUGGGCAACCGCACGCCGUCUCCGCAGCGGUUCAAGGAGCCUGGACUGGUGCCUUCGCCGCAACGUCUGGGUCCUCCCUCGUUGCCGCACAUGAAGCCGCUGCCGUCGUCAGGCUCGCAACAGCCGCUAUUGCAGCCAAUCAACAGCAAGCUGCCAACCACAGGGAUCCCCUCUGGGCCGCAAACUGCUCCCCCAUUGAGCAACGCAGAGUACCAGGAGAUGAAGCCGGAGGCAGGGUCGCUGUCACGUGCACGGUCGCAGAUCCGGUUGCAGAUGCCUGUACCGAUGCUGCAUACACAGGCGCUCGACGAGAAGCUGGCAGCCGCGUCGCCAGACACCAUGAACCAGUUUGGCGUGAACAUCAACCUGGCCUCGAACCUGCCGCUAGCCAUGACGCCCGUCACGGAGAAGGCCCAUCUGGAGCUGGGAGCCACGCCCGAGCGCGACAGGUCAGACUCUGUGAUCUCUCCACGACAGCCGGGCCGGCUGGGCGGGCUGAGUCUGGACGUGGGAGCCGGAAUGCUCGAGUUUGGCGACAAGAGCGCCAUGACAGAGGAACUAAUGGCACUGUUCGGCAAGUUUGGUGGGGUUCUGGACGCGCUGAUCGGCGAGGUUGAGACCGUCGCACUGAACGAGCGCGCAGACGUGCAAUGA